AAUCGCGUCAACCGUGUAUUUGUCGCCUCUUCAUUAUCUGCCUCUUCAGCCUCCUUCACUCCUGCACGUACCUCUCCAGCAACAAACGAUACGACCAGAAAUCAUGUCCACCGAUCUUGCAGCAUCGAAGAUUACACCCGGAGUUCUGGAUGCAAUCUUCAACGACCCCGAACGACGCGCCACAGACUUCCCAGUGCCAGUAUGCCAGUGCGUCCAGAUCAAGCCUCUGGCCUCCCAAGGCAAUGGAGCAGAGAGAUAUAGAGUGGUCCUCAGCGACACUAAGAACUUUGUACAGAGCAUGCUCGCCACAGGCGCCAACCACUUUAUACACGACCAGAAGCUGAAGAAGGGUUCGCUGGUGCGCCUGAAGCAGUUCCAGGCAAAUGCCCUAAAGGGCAAGCGUAUCCUGGUGAUCAUGGACAUCGACGUUUUGGCCGAGUUUGGCGAGCCGGACAAGAUCGGAGACCCUCAGGCGCUGAAGGUGAAGGAUGAGGAGGAAGAUGUGAAGCCUGCCCCAGGCGCCGUAUCAGGCGCCGGGUUUUACGGAAACAAACCCGCUCAACAACCAGCACAACAGCAAUCGCUCCCGUCCCGAACCGGUCCUUCGAGCUCUGCAGGACAAGGAAACAUAUACCCAAUUGAGGCGUUAUCACCAUACGCACAUAAAUGGACCAUCAAAGCUAGAGUAUCGAACAAAUCAGAGAUCAGGACGUGGCACAAACAGAGUGGCGAAGGGAAGUUGUUCAGUGUCAACCUGCUGGACGAAAGCGGCGAGAUCAAGGCUACAGGAUUCAACGAGCAGUGUGACCAACUAUACGACUUAUUCCAAGAGGGUUCGGUUUAUUACAUUUCGUCGCCAUGCCGGGUUCAGCUUGCCAAGAAACAGUUCACAAAUCUCCCAAACGACUACGAGUUAACCUUUGAUCGGGAGACGAAAGUUGAAAAGGCCGAAGAUCAAGAGAACGUCCCGCAAGUCCGGUUCAACUUCACAGAUAUCGCGAGUUUACAGACGGUAGAGAAAGACACCACGAUCGAUAUCAUUGGAGUGCUCAAGGAGGUCGCCGAUGUCACCCAAAUCGUCUCAAAAUCUACCAGCAAACCAUACGACAAACGAGAGCUGACUCUCGUCGAUGACAGUGACUUCUCUGUUCGUUUGACCAUCUGGGGGAAGACUGCGGUGUCUUUUGAUGCUCAGCCGGAAUCGAUCGUUGCGUUUAAGGGAGCCAAGGUUUCGGAUUUUGGUGGGAGGAGCUUGAGCUUACUUUCAUCCGGUUCUAUGACCCUUGACCCAGACAUUCAAGAGGCUCAUAAACUCCGGGGCUGGUACGAUACCCACGGGCGCAGUAACACAUUUGCGUCUCACUCUGGAAUGGCAAGUGCUGGAGCUGCAGGAGGCCGCCAAGAUCCAGUCAUGACCGUUGCCAAGGUCUACGAGGACAGCUUGGGCAUGUCAGAGGCAACCGACUACUUCUCUACCAAAGCAACGAUCGUUUAUAUCAAGCAGGAGAAUUUUGCCUAUCCUGCAUGUCUGAGUGAUGGAUGCAACAAGAAGGUUACGGACAUGGGUGAUGGGACAUGGCGCUGCGAAAAGUGCGAUAUCACACACCCCAAGCCCGAGUAUAGAUAUAUCAUGUCCCUCAACGUCAAUGAUCACACUGGUCAGCUCUGGUUGAGCUGUUUUGACGAUGUUGGACGCCUGAUUAUGGGCAUGUCUGCCGACCAGCUGAUGGCCCUGAAGGAUGGCGAAGACCCGGCUGCUGCUGGGCGGGCAUUCGAGGAGGCCAACUGCAAGACUAUGUUGUUCAAGUGCCGGGCCAAGAUGGACAGUUUCCAGGACCAACAACGAGUACGUUACCAGGUCACUGGCGCAAGCCCCGUCAACUACUCGCAGGAAGCACAGAAGCUGGCCGAGCUGAUUAAACUGUACAACAUUUGAUUAUUAUGAGCGUCAAAUAGUCUGAGUUCUCAUGGUUUGUCGAAUUCAGCCAUCAAACAGUAGCUAAGGAGAUUGCUAUGGUCUGAGUGAAGAAUAUCUCACUGUAACGAAAAUGAGUCGUGGAUGAAUGGGAUAAAUAUUAUGUUAAUGUUACAACCAACCACUGAGAGGCAUAAAAUGAAGAAAAUUAUUCACCAACAUCACAUUAGUGACCAUUCUGAUUUCACAGUGGAAUUUGUGGAUUUAUUGUAAACUUACCCCAACUCUUGGAUUGGUAUGACGGAGAAGGACGAGAUCGGUGCAGGUUAUAUUUGGCCUCGAUUUGAAUAAAUUCACCUUACAGGAUAUCGCUUCCACCCACGAUUAUAUACAUACCGGUGAUAAGACAUAGAUAGGGA